AUGAGUCAAACUACAACAAAUUUAAUAGCAACCUUACUUCAUGUACCACCUCGUUUACUUGCAUUAACUCAACAACAACAGCAACAACAACAACAACAACAACAACAACAACAACAACGACAACAACAACUACUACAACAGCUCGAACAACAACAACAACAACAACGUUAUCGACGUAGUGCCUAUUAUCAUCAGAAUCAUCAUUCUUAUCUACAAGAGGAUUAUCAUCCUGAAUAUCCUACUAAAUCAACAUUCAAUCUUCCGGAUCAGUAUAAUUUCAUUGAUACUAUCAAUGUACAACAUAUUGAAUCCAGCCAAUCAAUUCCGGUACAAAUGUCAACAAUUUCUAAGUUACAAUCAACAUCAAAUAUCCCAACAAAUACCAUUCUUCCUCUAUUACCAAUUGAAAUGUGUUUGUUAGAAUUUACCGGUGAAAAUGAUAAUUGUUAA